AUGUCGGAAGGAUAUUUUAGAAAUGAACAUCAAUUUAUAUACUAUCAAAACGACAAAGUUACACCAUAUAGCGCUGUUUCAUACGGUUAUAAAGCAGCAAAUAUUUCUGAGGACAGCAAAGAGCGAGAUGCAUUAUUCGAGAAACGGCAAAUGGACAUUUCAGAAAGCUGUGAAAAAUUCAAUUAUUCCAUCGCCUCCAAUGUUCUCUUAAUUGAUAAAAUACAUUCCAUUUAUUACUGUCCAAUCCCGAAGGUAGGAUCCACGUUUUGGAAAAGAAGUUUAGAAGUACUGACAAGUCAAGGAAAAAUCAAAUCUCCGUUUGAUUUGACUUUAAAUGAUAUCAAAUUGUUGUCAAAAUCGAAACAUCUUUCCACGAGGGAAUUAGAAGACCUGACCGAACAAGGAACUUCAUUUAUGUUUGUGCGAAACCCUUAUGCGCGUUUGUUUUCUGCAUAUGAGAACAAGAUUUAUUGUCCCAAUUUAAUGUUCUGGAAGUCCACGGGGAGCCGAAUCGUAAAAUUAGUAAGAUCCAGUCGUGAUCAUGUUCACUCAAAAUAUGGAUUUGACGUUACAUUCUAUGAAUUUAUUAAAUACAUUUUAUAUCAGAAUGAACGGGGUAAAACAAUCAACGGCCACUUUCGACCGAUGAUUAACAUUUGUAAUCCGUGUCAAACGCAUUUUGAUUACAUCGGUAAAUUAGAAACAUUUGCAGAUGACGCAAAAUUCAUUAUAACCAAAUGGAAGAGCAAGUUUGACGAUAUCAACAUAACAUUUGGUGAAAAGGAAAGAACUAUUGACACAGUGAAAGGUCAUUUACGAUUUCUGUAUCAAGCUAAAAGGAUAGUCAAUACAAUAAAAAUUCCAUUUACUAAAUUAAUGCUGCGAACGUGGAGAGAUUUGCAAAUUCGUGGCCUCCUGUCAAAAUCUAUAGCAUUUCCAUUUAAUGCAUCCGAUAGUGGCGAAAUCACAAAGACAGACUAUCUAAACGCCGUGCUGGAAGCCCUAGAAAUUCCGGUAAAUCAUACAGAGGUGAAAUUGCAACGACACGAAGCCCUUGUGCAAGCUUAUAGACAGGUUCCUAUGGCAGACAUGGAGAAAUUAAGAACUUACCUGCUAAAAGAUUGUUUGAUAUUUAAUUACGAAGAUCGACCAAAGGAUUUGUUUGAUCGUUCCGUGCCUUUAAACGAUACUUUCUUAUAUAUUGACGGACUGUGAAUAA